GCAACAAAGAAAAACAACUGUAUUAACUGUCUGAGAGGCUGGCUGGCAGGCUUACACAGCAAUGGCUGCAAUCUUCCAAACCCUGCUUCCCAUUUGUUCUUCCAGACAGGCCAUAUCCUCUCCUGCUCCAUGGACUCCCCUUAGACCACCCAUCUCAGAUUCCAUGGCCUCUUUGGCCAUUUCAAACUUAAAUAGGCGGCAAGGACAAGUGGCCGUCUCAGUUGCCUUCAACCCAUCUGGGAAUUUUGACAUCUCUUUGUAUGACGAGGAAGAAGACACUAGUAAAGUUGAACCUCCAAUGCCACCAAGUGAAGGUCGAUUUGAAAUAGUUCUUGAUAAUGAUGUGAUUCGGGGUCUUGACUUAUCCCCAUUUCAUUCUGCAACUGGGAUUACCAAUCCUUCAUCAGCCAAGCCAAAAGAGUUUCUUGAACGUACAAUUGGCUUUACCAUUAACUAUACAAGAGAAGAUCCACGUGAUCCUAGAGAACUAUCAGAAUUCCCUGAUAUAAGACUCUGGUUUUUGAGACUUGAUGCCUCCUAUCCCUGGUUGCCUGUCCUCUUGGAUUGGCGAGCCGGAGAACUGGCUCGUUAUGCUGCCAUGUUGGUUCCACACCAGAUGAACAUGAGGAUGGGGGUAGUCUUCAAUCCUGAGGCACUGGAACUAUUCGUUAUGCAGAAGGUUUUUAUUGUGUACUCAUGGUUGAAGCAACAUGACAUUCCAAAGCCUAGAUUGAAGACCAGUGACAUGGCCAGGAUGCUUGGGUUUGGAAUUGGAGAUGAGCUCUAUGACUUGAUCGAUAAACAUCCACUGAAAACAUCAUAAACAAAUCCCAACUUAAGAGUUUCCUAAUGUCAUACAUGAUUGACAGCCCCGGCGUUGAUGGUGAGCCUAAUUUACUGUCACUAGGAGUUGCACCCUUAUUCUUUGAUGGUGACAGUGAAUCCAUGUCACAGAGAAGCUGCUACUAAAACCAAUGAUUUACUAGAGCACGAGAGGAUCCUUUCUUCAGUAGCACAAUGGUUCUUUCUAACUUCAACUUUUGAUACAGGUUUCAUCAAAUUCUAUUUCACAAAGUAAUUGUCUGAGAAAAGGUGGUUCAUAGAUGUUCAGCAGAUACAUAUUGCCAUGAACUACUGGGUACUCAGAAUAGUCAUUAUAAAAUAUUAUGUUUCUGUUCA